UCCGUAUUGGGCUGUCGGAAGACUCAUGUGACUUAUUUAGGCUACAUAAUUGCUCGUUUGCUACGGCACCAAAUAAAUUACUGGUUUCCCCUCCCACUCCAUCGUUCUCCAUAGCAGUAAUGUCGAGCUCCAAAAGUGGAAGAGGAGUCCAUGUACUGGUCUUCCCCUACCCAGCCCAAGGACACCUUCUCCCUCUUCUUGACUUGACCCACCAACUAGCCCUCCGCGGCCUGACCAUCACCAUCCUCGUCACACCCAAAAACCUCCCAAUUCUCGAUCCACUCCUCUCCACCCACCCCUCCAUCCAAACCCUGGUCUUCCCUUUUCCGUCCGGCCACCCUCUCCUCCCCGCCGGCGUCGAGAAUGUCAAGGACGUCGGCAACUGGGGAAAUGGCCCGAUCAUGAGCUCCCUUUCCAAGCUCCGCCGACCGAUGGUUGAGUGGUUCGGAUCUCAUCCAAAUCCUCCGGCGGCAAUCAUUCAUGAUGUUUUCUUGGGUUGGGUGGAGGACAUGGCCGGAGAAAUCGGCGUGCCCGGAAUUUGCUUUUUCUGCCACAGCGCGUUCUUGGCUUGCGUCUUUGAAUGCGGUUGGAAAAAGGUGGAGACUUUGAGGUCUUCGGAGGUGGUUGACUUUCCAGAGCUCCCAAACUCUCCCAGUUUCCCAAGAGAGCAUCUUCCUUCCAUGAUAAAGAUCUACAAAGAAUCUGACCCUGAUUGGGAGAGCAUUAGGAGGGGCAUGAUUGGGAAUUUCACAAGUUGGGGGGCUAUUGUCACUACCUUUGAGGCAUUGGAUGGGGUGUAUUUGGAAUUCUUGAAGAAUAAGAUGGGCCAUGGGAGAGUUUUUCAUGUUGGGCUUUUGAGUUCGAUUGGUGGUCCUCGUGGCGUGGGCCAGAUCAAUGGCCAAGAGAGUUUGUUUGCAUGGCUUGAUGGGUGCCCUGAGGGGUCAGUGUUGUAUGUGGCCUUUGGGAGUCAGAAGUUGAUGAGGAAGGCGCAAUUAGAGGCCCUGACUGAUGGGCUUGAAAAGAGCGGGGUUCGGUUCGUGCUGGUUGUGAAAGAGCCCACGGUUGAACAAAUGGAUUUGGGUUAUGGAUCAGUCUCAGAAGUGUUCGAGGAUCGGGUCAAGGGAAGAGGCCUAAUAAUUCGGGGUUGGGCCUCUCAAGUGGACAUACUAAACCAUCCAGCCGUGGGUGCGUUUUUGAGUCAUUGCGGUUGGAACUCGGUGUUGGAAGCAAUAGUAGCAGGGGUGCUGAUAUUGGGGUGGCCAAUGGAGGCUGACCAAUAUGUUAAUGCCAAGUUAUUGGUUGAUGACUUGGGGGUUUCGGUCCGCGUGUUAGAGGGAGCUGACACGGUACCUGAUACGGCCUCAUUGGCAAUAAAAAUUAGCGAGUCAAUGAAUUGCGCUAUUUCGGAGAAGGCGAGAGCCCAAGAAUUGAAGGGUGAGGCACUUGAAGCACUUAAGAUUGAUGGAAGCUCUAUAAAAUGUUUGGAAGGGCUUGUCCAGCAACUAGCCCAACUUCAAUCACACUAACUUGUCUUGAACAAUGUUUUUUUAUUGUCUGUAUGCUUUUUUUCUUAUCUUGAAAAUAAAAUUUUGGUAAAUUAUAGCAUGAGUAUUUUGUUUGGAGAAACUCCUUGACUUUUGAGGCAAUGCCUUAGCAUUAUUGACAACUCUCAAGCCAUUUGCACUCAAAGGUUCUUGCUGAUCUCUAAUAUAAAAACCAG